AUGGACUUGGUGCAGGGCGCCCAGGACGAAAAAGGCCGCACAGAUGUUUUUGAAUCAGUUGUAAGCAUGAUAUGUGAGGAAGGCUCGCGUGGCUGUCUUCUGUUUUUCAUUCUGGAAAACAGCUCACAUUUGGCUGAUGCCAACCAUGCUGAGUUUCUGAAUGAGAUGCUCUUGAGACUUGAAGUGUCACUGCCAUAUUUUUUGGUAGACACCGUGAAAAAGGAUGCUGCGGAGUUUCUGCCAGUCAAGAGAGGUCGUUUUUUCAUCAGAGGGCUAAGGAGAGACUGCCUGCCAGACCCCAUGCAGGCGUUCCUCCCUGCCCCCCUGUGCUGCACGGAUCUGCUCCCGGCAGUCACACUGGAAGAGAUUUUGGAUCUGAGCUUGGCUGCGACCGAUGUGCAGAGUUUGUGUGCAGGGCACGCUGCUAACCUCACAUUGUACAAGCAGACCAUAUCUCAGUGCAUCGAAGAGCAUCGUGCCCAAGGCAAGCCGCUGCCCUCGAACACGGUUGUUGUGGAGCUCGACCGAAACCCCUUGAGAACUUUCGGCGGGAAGUGGGGUUGGGGCAAGAUCCCAUCACUGAGGACUACGGGGCCACCUUUGUUUCUUCUGAGUUGCGAGGACUUGUCGAGGCCAUGGCAGGUCAUGCGACUGCACAGGUGGCUCAGCAUCGCUGAGCGGUGCAGCGCUCUGGGGCAGCGUGCAAGCCACGCGGCCUUGUUCUCGAGAGACACCCAUGCCCUGCAUGCGAUCGGGAACGCUCUCUCGCCAGUGCAGCUGGCCGCUGUUGCCUCGCCGCUCGUGGAGGCAGCGGUCAACUCUGGCGUGCUCACUGCAGGCAACCGUUGCAAAGCCUGCGCAGUGGAGCUUCUGCCGCACACGAAGCCACCGGGUACAUCAGCAGCUUGUAUCCUUGAAAAGACCCCGAGGCCAAGCGCCACAAAAGGUUCCAAACCAAAGGCUGCAGUUGAAGAGGCAACACAAAAGACUCGAAAACCGAGGGCCAAAAGCAGUGCAAAGCCGAAGGCUUCAACUGAAGAGGCAAGCCCAAAGACCCGAACCCCGAAGGCCAAAACAGCUACAAAGCCAAAGGUUUCAACUGAAGAGGUAACCCCAAAGACUCGCAACCCCAAGGCCAACAGGGUUCGAAAGCCAAGGGCUCCAACUGAAGAGGAAGCUCCAAAGACUCUGCCUCGUGACACCAGCGCAAAGCCAGAGGCUUCAGCUGAAGAGGAAGCCCCAAAGACUCUGCCUCGUGACACCAGCACAAAGCCAGAGGCUUCAGCUGAAGAGGAAGCCCCAAAGACUCUGCCUCGUGACCGUGACACCAGCACAAAGCCGGAGGCUUCAGCUGAAGAGGAAGCCCCAAAGACUCUGCCUCGUGACACCAGCACAAAGCCGGAGGCUUCAGCUGAAGAGGAAGCCCCAAAGACUCUGCCUCAGCUUGAGCGACUGGUUGACGAGCUUUUUUCGGAUGAUGAUCCGGGCAUGGACGUUGAUGAUGCUGCGCCACAGAGUCCACUCGUCCUGAGUGAGAAAGCAACACACCUCUUCGAGUGUUUGGCUAAAGCCAAAGCUUCAUCCAAAAACUGGCUCUCGCCAGCAAGCAAGAGCUCCAAGAACGAAUCUGAGCCAGCACAAAGCUCCGGAAGCAAGGUUGGCGACAGACGGAGGCGUUCUACUAGCUCAGGGCGAGACAUGCCAGAGAAUGCUCAGCGCAAGCUGCGUUUCCCACCUCACUUGAACCUGCCAAAAGAAGCGAUCCACCUCUCGGAUUCCGACUAG